AUGGCCUUUGUCUCCGAUCGAUACAAUACAGUGGUGGGCGAGAAGUCGCCGGCAGCAGGUGAGACCGAUGUGGAUCGAUACAAUACAGUGGUGGGCGAGAAGUCGCCGGCAGCAGGUGAGACCGAUGUGGAUCGAUACAAUACAGUGGUGGGCGAGAAGUCGCCGGCAAGUGGUGGGCGAGAAGUCGCCGGCAGCAGGGUCAUGCCGAUGCGGCGGCUGUUCAUGUACGAGGGCCCCGGCGUCCCGCCCUUCCCGGACCUCGUCGGCUCCCUGCGGUCCUCCCUCGCCACCGUGCUCGCCAUCUUCUUCCCUCUUGCAGGGAAGCUCACCUACCGCCCAUCAGCCGGCGGUGACGUCGUCGUGGACUGCUCGCCGGCCGCGGUGUCGUCUGGCGUCAAGUUCGUGGAGGCCGAGUACGCCGGCGGCAUCGACGACAUGCGCCGCGUGGCCAGUGGUGGCGGCGACGAGGGCGACAGGGACGCGCUGAUGGAGCUCGGGCCCGAGCUGGACGCGAGGCAGCUGCCGGCCCCGGUGAUAGCGGUGCAGGUGACGAGGCCGGCCGUCGGCAGCGGGCGCGCUGUGGUGGUCGCGGUGGCCAUCCGCCACGCCGUGGCUGACGGCCACUCCGUGUGGCAGUUCAUGAGGACGUGGACAGCCGUGGCGCGGGCGGAGGAGGGCUCGGAGGCCAUGGCACGCCUCAUGCCGCCGACCUCCCAUCUUCCCUACAGCAGCCGUCGACGCGUCGGUCCCGGCCCACCUCUUCCACCUCCCCGACGCCCCCGGCCAUCUUCCCGGCUUCCUCCGGUCCUUCUCCACGGUGGACACAGCCAACUUAAAUUGAUGAUAAGUUGUCAACGUCUAAUUUAG